AUGGCCCCCGGCAACCCCUCGAGCCACGGAACGAAUCCGUUGAUGUACAACGGUCUCCGCCUCAGUGGACCCUCGAGCGCUCCUUGCCCUCUAAAUCAGGGCUUAACAAGGGCAUUCGUGGUUCUAUCUUUGCGAUCCUCCGCAAAAAGCGUCAGCAAACUGGCCCACCGAGAGCGAAAAUUCGAAGGAUCGGUAACUGGAGCCAUAUUACAAGAAAUGGAGGAGAAAAACGAGGAAAAAACUGCUUGGGAGAGACUUCUGAAUCACAUGGAGGAUAGCUCAAGGCCCCCUACCCUGGUUCACCAUCAAGUCAGACAGACUAGUACUGACAUACGGCGAUCACGUGUCGUUCGUCGUUCGGCUUCGUUCGCAGGCUUGAACAGCCAAGUUGAAAGUCGGAACGGCGAUAGGGGAUCUGUGAUGGAGGCCGUUUUCCAACUUCGUCAAGUGUGGAGCGAGACGAUAGACAUCACACCGGAUUUUGAUGAGAGGUCGGAUGAGGAGUAUUAG